AUGGCGUCGUUGCACAAAACCCUAGUCGUGAAUUCCAUGCUGGAAGUCGACCAGAAGGUCUUGGAUUCGAUGCGUGCUAGGAUUGCCGAAGAGCUUAAGAAGCUUGAUGAAAAAAUCGCGGAUGCUGAAGAAAAUUUAGGAGAAAGUGAAGUUAGAGAAGCUCAUUUGGCAAAAUAUUUGUUCUACAGCCGGAUUGGUGAAAAGGAGAAAGCACUACAACAAAUGAAUGCAAUAGAAGGCAAAACAGUUGAUGUAGGGCAAAGAAUGGACCUGGAGGUGACGCCUGGAUUUGGGAAUGGAUUUCAAGCUACUCCAAAGACUAGCACCACCAUCGAGAUUCACAAAGUUUAUCGAAGAUCUGAUCAUUUGCCUUCUGCUCAUACAUGCUGCAUAGUUUCCAAUGUUUUGGCUUUUGUUUGGCAGCUUGGACAAGCUUAUAGCACCUGA